AUGCAGCUGGCUGAGUUUUUCACGGACGCAAUCGAAAACUCGUUCGUGAGAGAGGACACAGCCAGGGCAUACCCAACCACUCUGACGGAGGCAUUCAAUGCAGCACAGCGGAGCCUCAGGCUGCACGAAAGGCUGGCAACCUCUCGGGAGCAAAUGUGGGGGGCGCGGGGGCAGUGUGAUGGAAGAUAUGUAGGACCUCCCCAGAACGAUAGGGAACGGUGGAGGUACGGUGGGACGGAUCACCAUUGGGAAAACCAUACCCCGCAGAGGAGCUGGACAGAGUCAAGCCCAGUUCCUGGCAGACCGGGAUGUUGGGGAUGCGGUCGACUGGGGCACCUGGUGAGGGAAUGUCCUCGUCAGGGAGGGGGCCCUUACGUGCCAGAAAAGAAACCGAACGACAAUCGGGAAACGCGGAAGGGCCACCCCGAGGGAUGUAAGGGUGGCCCGAAGUUAUGCGUUGCUCAGCCAAGGUACUGA